GGGAUCUACAAGUGACAGUAGUACUGUGGAUGAUGUGACACGGGCAGAGCACACAGCUGGCAUCAUCGGGGUGCCCUGAACAUGUGUAGCCGGGCUCCGCCCCCUCUGCCCCCCAAUACUGGGCGGGAGGAGGAGAUCUGAGUGCCCAGCGCCCCUUACCUGUGCCCGGAUCACAGGCAACCAAGCAGCCCGCCUCUGAGCUCCAUGGCCCCAGGAUGAUCCGCUUCCUUCUGCUGCUCUUGCUGCUUCCAGGGGCCGAUCUUGUUGCCAAUAACACAGAUGCAGUGGAAUAUUUUGCAAGUACUACCUUAGGGGCUCAGUUCACCAUGGCUGUCACCCCCAAGACCAUGCUUCGAACACCAGCAUCCAGUGGACCAGCAAACAAGACAGCUGCGCCUCAUCCUCCACCUCCAAAAGAUGUCAAAAAACAACAUAGUCCUCUGAAAGGCAUAUCCGUAAGGCCUGCCAAAGUCCAGGCACCGCAAGGAGGUGCAAAUGUCAGUGAUGCAAAUCAUCCUCGUUAUCAGCAAAGAAGCUCAACUCCCUAUGAGUCUCAGCUUAAUUCUACCAAGAUGCCAUUGACUGCCAGGAGCCAUUCAUUGAGUGAUUCCCAUCAAAAGCGACCAGUUAUUAGAAAAGGGCCAAUGGUACCCAGCAAAGCCAAAACAGUUCCAAAAUUUCCAAUUAAAAACCCUUCUGCAAGAUAUCAAAGCCUUCCACAUUUACAUCAUAAAAAUGUCACAUCAAAACCCGUAACAGGUCAGUUGAGAGACUCCAAUAUUACCGCUGGCUCAACAGGGCUGUCAAUCGGCACCAUACCUCAGCGGACUGCCAACAUACUUCUGAGAAACACUAUUAAAUCUGGCCAAAAAGGCACGCCAUUUCCGCCUGAUAGGGUUAAACAGUUUCCAGUGGCAUUACAAGCAGUAACACAGAUGGGUAGGCAGCUGAAGGAAAAAUCAAGUAACACAUCAGUUCUGCUCAAUACCCUUGUAAAUCAGAAUUCUAGCUUCCUCACUAACAGCCUUCAACAUAUGGCUCAGUCUUCUAAUUCCACCUUUACAACUGUAAAAGAGGCUGUGUUGUAUGAACUAAAUUCUCUGAAUACCCAGGACCAUCUAUCGAAUGCUGAAAAUGUGACUUCUGUGCCCGAAGCCGAUCGGCACAACGAUGUCUCAAGAGCUGGACUUUUAAGAAAGGUAAAUCGGCCAGAUGUACAUGAUUCCAAAGUCAUGCAAGAGUUAAAAUCCAAAGUUAAUGUAAAGAUACCAGACAUAAAUAUAUUUAACAACACAAACCUGAGCUUAACAGAACUUUCUAGACUUGCCCAAAAAGACAGAGUUCAGUCCCAUCCAGAAUUAACCACGGAGACCAGCGUCGUUGGACUUGCACAGAUUGAUGUUUUGGCCACUCAGGCUGUAAGGACUUCUGGUAAUGUAAGUUAUUUAAGUGACAGUUCUCAAGGAUCUGUAGAAACAGCAACAGAAAUCCAUAGUCGAUUCAUGACGGGGGUAGCUGCACAAGCCAAAAGAGAAAAAGACCAGACUUUGCCGGGCACGACAGAGGGCCACCAAAUUCACAGCAAUAUGACACAUUCCCAUAAACACAGACACCCAGUUGUAGAGUCACUUAGCCAAAAUGAUACCAAAACCAUAUCUCAACAUAAAGGCACAGCCCAUGAUAGAACAGUUCCUUCAGAGCCAAACAGACAUCAUCAGAAACACUUACACAACCACACCCAACAACACGCACAUAGCCACCAUAAACACCACUCAAACCACCAUUUGAAAAGGAAUCACGUUUCACAGACUCCGGUACACAAUAGUGAACAAGAACAGCCAGGUUUAACCACUCCGAUGAAACCAAGGCAGUCUAACUCACAGCAGCUUCACACAAAGAUGGUAACAUCUACCCAGAGACAUAUUUAUAACCAAAAUGAUACCCACUUUAGUACUAGGCUAUCAGAUUCCUCCGAUAUAGGAGGUCUGAAGGAGAAUGAGAUAGGGUCUGUAACAGCAGGACUUUCAGGAAUAUCCGGAACAGCUAGUCCAAGGCUGACUACCCAGACUAUCUUUGACAGUCAGUCUGAACUGACAACACAGUCCCAAGACCCCACUACACAUUUCUCCAUUUCUGUAACAGACAGUCAAACUGAAGUUCACAAGCUAAACCUCCUGGAAGAACAAGGUAGACAAACGGAAGCAUAUCCCAGCCUACACACUAAACCAUUCAUACACAGACAUUCAGAAUCGCACGCAAGGUACCACGUGACCCAAACAACAAAAUACAAUGUAACCACACACCUUCAAGUAGCAGCAACUGAACAGCCUCAGUUAGAUCUCACCCCACUCACUACACAGAACCAAUCAGGCACUCGUACAACCCAAGAGGAGCUAACCACACCCACGCAGGAGCAGCAAACCAUAAAGAACCAGACAAAUCGAACUUUUCUGGGUUCCCCAAAGCUAAGCACAUCAGAAGUCGGUUUAACCACCCAAACUCAGUCUAAGUUACUCUCACAGACCCAACCAGAGCUUUCUACAGAGCAGGAUUUUUCCACAAGGGCCUGGUCAACGAUGUCCACCCAAGAACCUCCUAACCUAACAACAAAAAGCCCACUGAUGCCUACUACUGUAACAAUGCCUUAUCUGAUCACACCAUCCCAGCCAGAACCGACAAGAAAUAAUCUGCCAAAUUCUGGAACAUUAGCAUAUGUUAAUACAACUCAACCAGAACCAAUCACUGAUAGCCACUUGAAAGGAAAUGAAAGAACAGAAUUCUCCACCAUUACAGGGCCAGUCAUUAACAAUGCUCUGGACUCUACUUAUCAAACAAAACCAAUCCCAAAUGGCCCCAUGGAACUUGGUAAUUACACAGCGCCAAUCACAGACUCAAGAUCUUCCACACAGAAAGAAUUCAUGACAAAGACCAAGACAGUCUUCCCAACAAUGCCAGAGCUAAUUACAAAGGUCACCACUGAAUCAACGAAUAUCACAGGACCAUUUCUACAGGGUGAGAUGAAAACCAACUCUCAGGUGGAACCAGUCACAAAGCGUAAGGAUGAGUCCACUGCACAAAAUGAACCAGCAUCUAGGAGAGAUUCUACUACAAGACACAAACCAACAACCGUGACCCAUCUCACCACAAAAUCAGAAUGGGUCACAGAUGAAAUGGAUACCCAGAAACAAACCACGCCAACCCCAGAUACUCAUACAGGAUCAACCAAACAAAUAGAACCAAUUACAAACAGGAAGAUGGGAUCAACUACACUGUUGGAGUCUACCUCUGAGAAUUUAACAGAUUCCACAGACACAGAGCCAAUCACAAGGUAUGUAGCAGAACUUGACACAGAAAAAGAACCAACCACUGCAAACAAAAUGGAAUCAUUCACACAAACAAGUUUCACAAGCCACAGUGGCGGUAAAAAAGAGCCAGCGAUUCAGAUUGAGAUUGGAAUAAUCAACCAAACAGAAUUGAUCCCCAAGAUGUCAUUUAAGCCAACUGUAUCCUAUCCUCGUGGAGCUACAUCUCACAAAGGGCUAAUGCAAUCUACACCGUCAAAUGCUGGAACAUCUACAUAUCAUCAGUCAAUCACAUGGACUGGACCAGAGUUGACCACGAAUGUUAAUGAAAAAGCUGACAUGCAAACUCCUGGAGACCAAACUGUGGACAUGUAUGCACCAACAGAAAGGACCUCAUUUACCAACCAUGCCAACGUACCCGAGUAUAGGACAGAAAGCCCUGCCCCAGCAACAACAGGUGGACCGCAUGGCUACACUCAAAAUGGUGUUCACUAUUCUAAAACAACACCAGCUUGGGAUGUGGAAGCAUAUCAUCCUACAUCAAGACUUCCUUCGGACCAGCGUCAGGAUCACGCAACUGCAGUGAAAAAUGAUGGAUCCGAGUCUCCUAGCUCAACGAAAUCGGUGACUUCACCACAAUCCAGCACCUUCACCCCCCAGACGCUUAGUGAGAUGAUGUCUUCACCUUCUGGGAGAGACAGAAUCUUCAUCGUAGAUGAACAACCACCGGUCUUUAAAGUGCCAACAAUCAGCGUGACUUACAAAGUGAAUGUACAACAAUCUACAAUGUGCAGCGAUCCUGAACCCUGCAAAAAACAUUUCAGCACAGAGGUAACUUCCGCCUACAAGUAUAUCGCUGGAUUUGACAGGGCGGAUGUGAUCAAUGUGACGCUGGCUGGCACUGCCCUGGAAUACAAAGUGCAGUACAGCGUGCGAGUAGGGAGCGCGAUGUCUGUAGAACAGGAAUCGGUACUUGCUAACCCAACGUCAGUGUUUGAGGCCUUGGUCCCCUCGGAGUACACUCUCCUCUCCGCAAUCCGCAACACUUCCAUGGCAGAUACGAUUGAGCCCUGUGCAGAAUGGUUCACGUGUCCCCGGGGAUUCCGCUGCGUGCCUCAGCGCAAGCUUAGCGCCUUCUGUCUGUCACCUUGUCACAGCACGUUUUGUCAAAAUGACGGCAUCUGUAUACACCGCAAAGGCCAGGACCCCGCCUGUCAGUGCCCGGUUGGCAUAGACUUUUGGUACAUGGGACCUACCUGCGAUUACCGAAUGACCCAUCACCGCCUUGCCGCCAUUUCCUGCGCUGUCGUGUUCUGCAUCAUCAUUUGUGCUGCGGCGGCUGUUUUCCUCCUGGUCCGCAGGUUCCAGACACAGAUCCUUCAUCAGAAAGUGGCUCAGACGCAGAGCAGCUACAGGAGAUUCAGCCGAUUUGAUGACGUCCCCACUCAUUUCUGGUGUCCCUCUCAGACGUGGCUUACAACCUCGGCCUCCAUCAACUCUCUGGACAAUCCUGCUUUUAGCAGCUCUGAAGAAGUCUUUCCCCUGCAGGCCCUGGGGAGCUGUGUGUGUGGCUGUCAGGAAGGUGCCCGGAACAACGCCCCUACAAACCCAGCCCAGCAGCCAUCACGAGCCCCUCCCAGGCUGGAAACGAGCUGCAGCAGCGUCAAUGACCUGAUGGUUGAUUCCGGUAAGGCGAGUGACGUGUCGGUGUGCAGCUGGCCGAUGGAACCGAUUCACUGGACUCCCUUCCCUAUCCUACACCAGCUGUCCCUGCAGUCUCCAUUCCACGCACGCAGACCCCACUCUUAUUUUGAGGGAAUGGAGCUGGUCAACACAGAGCGGAGCUGGACGGCAUAGACACACAAAUGAGAUUUUUCGGAAGGGCUCGUGAGAAUAUCUAACAAAGACUGUGAUGGUGGUGCAUAUGAACUGCACAUUCUGACCACUUUCCUCACACUGUGCCGACCCGGCAACACAACCAGAUAUAGCAACAAUGCCGAGUACAAGGACUAAAGACUUCAGAUGAUCAAGUCCUGUGAAAAGCUGAGGUCAUAGCGAUGGACUGUUAGAUCCUGAACUGUAUAGACAAUACCAGGAUUCACAAGUGAGGAAAAGGAACAAUGGAUGAAUUAUGUUCUGCGUGUAGCACUUAUUGUGGUGUCCAUCAUGUGAUUGCUCAAACACCCAUACUGACUGUUACAGACUGAUAUAUAUCAUGUCACAACCAUACAGUGAAUUCAUACACUCCUGUCUUGAACAUCCUUGCAAUAGAUAAAACAAUUAAGAUAACACUAA